GCUCAUUUCCGGCCGCGGCUGCUUGCUUCCCUCUGAGGAAUCGGGAGAGUGAAGAAACAACAGCCGCCAUUUUGUUUGUGUGUGAGCGACCAAGGGGAGGGAGCCUCCGAGAGGGACCGAGCUGGGCGGGCAAAGCCUGGGAGGGGGAAAGCAGCGACAGGAAUUUCCAGCAACUUAAACCCCCUGGCCGGCCAGACCUGAGACAACCCGAAAUCUUCGUGAUACACCCACUACACUAGCCUCGCAGCCAGGAGGGGAGUACGCAUUCCCGGCUUCGGCUAGAGACUCGGGACCCCGGGUGGACCCCACCCACAGCCCUUGCUGGCUAUUGAGCCCGCUCGCGGGGUCAGGAGGCCGCCUCGCUCUGAUUUUGGGAGCCGUUUCUUCGCUCUACGGCCCCCUUCCCGGGUUCCUCCAUGGCGGACAUGAGACGGAGUCGCUCCAGAAGCGCUUGAGGCAUCGCGUCUCCAGUUCCGAGGAGAGUUUUCACCUCUCCGUAGACCAAGCGCUCGUAACCAUCCUUCUCCCCGGGGAGGGGAAAGAGGCAGAGAAAAGGGGGGAGGGGCCGCCGGCGCUUCCUCCUCCUCUGGGAUCGAUCCCUCCGUCUGACCAGAAGGGGGGUACCCUACUACAGAGAAAGAAAGGAAGGAGAGGUGGGGGUGGCGGGGCGCAAGUUCUGAAGCCCACCCUCUUCGACCCCCCAUCCCGGGAUCUCUGCUGCCUCCAUCGGGACAACAACCCCUCCUCCGCCUCCUUGUUCCUGCACAACAAGAUGUGAAGCAGAGACUCCUGGGACUUAGCUUCAUCCUCCUCGUCCUGGCUCCCUUUUCUGCAGCCAUUAGUGACUGGCGAGAAAGGCGCAGGGGGAGUUGGGGACCCUCGAUACGCUCCGCCUGCGACCCUCUUCCACAGUCAAUUUUUCACUAGCGGUGGCUGUUCCCCCAUCCCCCGUGGCAAGCAGAUUUUGGACAGGGGGAAAAGAACUGCGAGCAGAGGAAAACGAUUCUUUCUCCUUUUUUCCUCCUCUCCUCCUUCGUCCGCCUCCUUGUGGCGAUGAGGAGGAGGAGGACGACGCCGAGGAGGAAGAGGUUGAUGGCGGCGGCGAAGAGGCAGCAGCAGCAGCAGGAGAAGACGACGACCCCCCGGAGGAUGAAGAUGGUGGUGUUGGCGGCGGCGAGGAAGCAGCAACAGCCACAUAGCCGAAUUUAAUUCGACCCGUAAAUCCAUCAAGCCCUCUUAAGUUGUUUUUUUUUAAGAGGUUUGCUUUCUUUUUCUUUAUCCUUGUUCUUUCCUGUGGCCCGGAGAAAAGACUGCCUCCACACCCUGUUUCCCAUCUCUGUUCCCCCUUAGUCGCUGCUACCCAACGGAGACCGAUCCCGAGGGGCAGAAAAAGAGGAACUUUGUCCUUUUCUUAUUCGGUUCCUUCUCGUAUUGUUGUUCAGCUGAUUCCGGAUCCAAGAAGAAGGUUCGCGGCAUUGGGGAUCCCCAUUUUCAAUUUGGGUUCUGUUUGUCUAAAAAGAAUUAAAAAUGGCCGAGAAUGUGGUGGAGUCGGGCCCGCCUUCAGCCAAGAGGCCUAAACUCUCCUCACCGGCACUCUCUGUCUCUGCAAGCGAUGGCACAGAUCUUGGAUCUCUCUUUGAUUUGGAACAUGACUUACCAGAUGAAUUGAUCAGCUCCGCGGACCUGGCACUUACCAAUGGUGGUGACAUUAAUCAGCUGCCAAUGAGCAUUGGUAUGGCACAAGAUGCUGCUUCUAAACACAAACAGCUGUCUGAACUGCUACGGGCUGGUAGUUCACCAAAUCUUAAUAUGGGAGUUGGUGGGCCAUCCCAGGGCAUGACUGCUCAGCCCCAACAAAACAAUCCUGGAAUGGGAAUUUUAAAUAGUAUGGCACAGGCAGGGUUGACAUCUCCAAGUUUGGGGAUGGGUACAAGUGGGCCCAACCAAGGUCCAUCAACUCAGUCUGCUGCAGGAAUGAUGCCAACAGUAAACAGUCCAGUAACUCAGCCUGGAAUGGGAAUGAAUGCAGGAAUAAAUGCUGGCAUGAAUCCUGGUAUGUUGGCUGCAGGAAAUGGACAAGGAAUAAUGCAGGGGCAAGUUAUGAAUGGUUCAAUAGGAGCUGGAAGAGGACGUUCCAACAUGUCAUAUCCAAAUCCAGGAAUGAGUAGUGCUGGUAAUUUGUUGGCUGAGACGCUGCAGCAGGGUUCUCCACAAAUGGGAGGGCAAGCAGGCUUAAGAGGCCCACAACCUGGUGGAACAAUUAACAAGACACAUCCAGAUUGGUCAGAGAUGGGAAUGAUGAACAACCCCAGUCCUUAUGUCCAACCAUACAGUCAGAAUGCUGGACAACCAAUUGGAGCCAGUGGACUUGGUCCUCAGAUGCAAAAUAAGCCGGUAUUACCUAACAGCUUGCCACAGUUCCCGAUGGACAAGAAGCCAGUGCCUGGUCCAGUAAUGCCUAAUAUGGGUCAACAGCAGACUCCUCCAGUUCAACAGGCUGGCAUGGUAUCAACUGCUCCCCAGGGUAUGGGAUCAGGAGCACCUACAGCAGACCCAGAAAAACGCAAACUCAUUCAGCAGCAACUUGUUCUCCUCUUACAUGCUCACAAAUGUCAGCGGCGGGAACAAGCAAAUGGGGAGGUACGGCAGUGUAACCUCCCUCAUUGUCGAACCAUGAAGAAUGUCCUCAACCACAUGACACAUUGCCAGGCUGGAAAAUCCUGCCAGGUGGCUCAUUGCGCAUCUUCACGACAAAUCAUAUCGCACUGGAAGAAUUGUACGCGGCAUGAUUGUCCUGUAUGUCUCCCUCUCAAAAAUGCUGGUGACAAAAGAAAUCAACAAUCAUUAUUAGGUGGUGCUGCAGUGGGACUUGGAAAUCCUGGCUCUGUUGGAGUAGGACAGCAGGCAACACCUAACAUAAAUGCUACUAACCAGAUUGAUCCCAGUUCCAUUGAGAGAGCUUAUGCAGCUCUUGGACUAACGUAUCAAGGGAACCAGAUGCAGACGCAAACACAGGCUCAAGUGAAGAGCCAGCAACAAGGACAGCCAGCACAGGGUCUUCGGCCCAUGAACCCCACAAAUGCUAAUCCGAUGGGAGUGAAUGGAGGGGUUGGAGUUCAAGCGCAGAAUCUGCUGCCUGAAUCAAUGUUGCAUUCAGCUAUGAAUUCUCAGAACCCCAUGAUGAAUGAAACUGCCAAUGUUGCCAGUCUUGGGGCUAUGCCAACAGCAGCACAUCCAUCUGGCAUGGGAAUUCGAAAACCAUGGCAUGAAGAUAUUACUCAGGACCUCCGAAAUCAUCUUGUUCAUAAACUGGUACAAGCCAUAUUUCCAACUCCUGACCCUGCUGCACUAAAAGAUAGGCGCAUGGCAAAUCUUGUCUCCUAUGCUCGGAAAGUAGAAGGAGAUAUGUAUGAAUCAGCAAAUAGCAGGGCAGAGUACUACCACUUAUUAGCAGAAAAGAUUUAUAAAAUCCAGAAAGAACUAGAGGAAAAGAGGAGGACAAGACUACAGAGACAGAACAUGAUACCAAAUGCUCCAGGCAUGCCACCAGCUCCUAUGAAUCAAGGACCUAUGGGACAGCCACAGCCUGGAAUGACAACUAAUGGUCCUCUUCCUGACCCAAAUAUGAUUCGUUCCAGUGUGCCAAACCAGAUGGUGAAUCGUAUGCAGACACCGCCAGGAAUGAAUCAGUUUGGGCCAAUGCAGAUGCCAUCUGUUGGACCCCGGCAAACUCCUCCCCUUCAGCACCCUGGACAGCUAAGCCAGACAGGGGCUAUGAGCCAGAUGGGUUUUUCUCCACGUAUGCAACAACAAGGGGUUGGGCAGCCAUCUAAUCAAAGUCAGUUCCUGCAGCAGAACCAGUUUCCUGCAUUGUCCCCUGGAAUAAAUCCAGCAGGCACACCUAUGACACAGCCUGGCAGUCAGAUCCCAACUUCUCAAGCACAAAUGACUAGCUCUUCCUGUCCUGUGACUUCUCCAGCUGUGGCUCCAGGUUCCCAGGGGAGUCAUAUUCCCUGUCCCCCUCUUCCACAGUCUACUUUGCAUCGAAAUUCUCCCUCUCCAGUACCAAGCCGUACUCCUACACCUCAUCAUACACCGCCAGGCCUAGUUUCCCAGCAGCAACAGCAGCAGCAACAGCAACAGCAACCCCCAGCCCCACCACAAACAAUUUCCUCUGCUCCUACCCCGGUUGCUCAAGGAAUGCCACCUGGGCCACAGUCUCAAACUAUGCAUCCACCUCAGAGACAAACGCCGACACCACCCCAGGGUCAGUUGACUCCACAAGUGCAGCCUCCAGUUUCUGUUACUCCUUCUGCAGAGCAGCAGCUCCCACAGCAGCCUCUUUCGCAACAGAGUGCAACCGCAUCUGUGCCCACCCCAACAGCAGCUCUCCAGCCUCAGCAUCCUGCAACGCCUCUUUCACAGCCAGGUGCAAAUAUUGAUGGGCAAGUAUCCAACCCACCAUCUACUAGUAGUGCAGAUGUGAACUCUCAACAAGCUGCCCCUGAGCAGCAGCAGCAGCAGCCUGUCCCUGAAAUUAAAAUGGAGUUUAAAUUGGAAGAAGAAGAGUCAGAACAAACAGACCUUCAGAUGGAAGAGAAACCAGAGGUUAAGGUAGAGUCUCUGCCAGAAGAUUGUAAAUCUGAACCAACAGAGCAGGAAGAGAAGAAACCAGAAAUGAAGCAAGAAAUGAAAGAAGAGGAGGAAAGACCUAGUACUCCAGGCACUCAGUCAUCACCUGCUUCAGGACAGUCAAAGCGAAAAAUUUUCAAACCAGAGGAAUUGAGGCAGGCACUUAUGCCAACUUUGGAGGCACUUUACCGUCAGGACCCAGAAUCCCUUCCUUUCCGACAGCCUGUGGAUCCCCAGCUACUAGGAAUUCCUGACUACUUUGAUAUAGUGAAGAACCCCAUGGAUCUUUCUACUAUCAAGAGGAAGCUUGACACAGGACAGUAUCAAGAACCCUGGCAAUAUGUGGAUGAUAUUUGGCUUAUGUUCAACAACGCCUGGCUCUACAAUCGCAAAACAUCUAGAGUGUAUAAGUACUGUUCCAAGUUGGCAGAGGUGUUUGAGCAGGAAAUUGAUCCAGUUAUGCAGAGCCUUGGCUAUUGCUGUGGUCGAAAGUUGGAGUUCUCACCACAGACUUUAUGUUGCUAUGGAAAACAGUUAUGUACAAUCCCGCGAGAUGCUACGUAUUACAGUUACCAAAACAGUUCACCCAAAUAUGGCCUUCUUGCCGACAGGUAUCAUUUCUGUGAGAAGUGCUUCAAUGAAAUCCAAGGGGAGAGCGUUUCUUUGGGGGAUGACCCAUCACAACCACAAACCACCAUAAAUAAAGAUCAGUUUUCAAAAAGAAAAAAUGAUACACUGGACCCAGAACAAUUUGUUGAAUGUAUAGAGUGUGGAAGAAAAAUGCAUCAGAUUUGUGUACUUCACAAUGAGAUAAUCUGGCCAUCUGGCUUUGUCUGUGAUGGUUGCCUAAAGAAAACAGGGCGAACCCGAAGAGAGAAUAAAUUCUCUGCUAGAAGGUUACCAACUACAAGACUCGGUACGUUUUUGGAGAACAGAGUGAAUGAUUUCCUGAGACGACAGAAUCACCCAGAGGCAGGCGAAGUCAUUGUAAGGGUGGUUCAUACUUCUGAGAAAACUGUAGAGGUUAAACCAGGAAUGAAAGCAAGGUUUGUAGAUAGUGGAGAGAUGGCAGAACAGUUCCCUUAUCGAACAAAAGCUCUCUUUGCUUUUGAGGAGAUUGAUGGCGUAGAUUUGUGCUUUUUUGGUAUGCAUGUUCAGGAAUAUGGUUCAGACUGCCCUCAGCCCAACCAGAGGCGAGUAUACAUAUCGUACCUUGACAGUGUUCAUUUCUUCCGCCCUAAAUGCUUAAGGACUGCUGUAUAUCAUGAAAUACUGAUAGGUUACCUAGAGUAUGUCAAGAAAUUGGGGUAUACAACUGGACAUAUCUGGGCUUGCCCACCUAGUGAAGGAGAUGAUUAUAUUUUUCACUGUCAUCCUCCUGAUCAAAAGAUACCAAAACCCAAACGACUGCAAGAGUGGUACAAAAAGAUGCUGGAUAAAUCUGUGUCAGAGCGAAUAGUUCAUGAUUACAAGGAUAUUUUUAAGCAGGCGACAGAAGAUCGUCUUACCAGUGCAAAAGAGCUGCCUUACUUUGAAGGGGACUUCUGGCCAAAUGUUCUGGAAGAGAGCAUUAAGGAGCUAGAACAAGAGGAAGAGGAGCGAAAGAGAGAAGAGAACACUAGCAAUGAGAGCACUGAUGUCAGCAAAGGAGAUAGCAAAAAUGCCAAAAAGAAGAAUAACAAGAAGACCAGUAAGAAUAAAAGCAGCUUGAGUCGUGGUAAUAAAAAGAAACCUGGAAUGCCCAAUGUCUCCAAUGAUCUUUCCCAGAAACUGUAUGCCACUAUGGAGAAGCACAAGGAAGUAUUCUUUGUGAUUCGUCUCAUUGCUGGUCCGCAGGCCAACUCCCUGCCUCCCAUUAUUGAACCUGAUCCACUAAUUCCAUGUGAUUUAAUGGAUGGACGAGAUGCCUUCCUCACUCUUGCAAGAGACAAACAUCUUGAGUUUUCUUCACUACGAAGAGCAAUGUGGUCAACUAUGUGCAUGCUGGUAGAGCUGCACACCCAAAGCCAGGAUCGUUUUGUUUAUACAUGCAAUGAGUGCAAACACCAUGUGGAGACAAGGUGGCAUUGUAAAGUCUGUGAGGAUUAUGACCUGUGCAUCACUUGCUAUAACACUAAAAACCAUGAGCACAGGAUGGAAAAAUUGGGCCUUGGUAUUGAUGAUGAAAGCAACAACCAGCAGACAGCCACCACUCAGAGCCCUGGUGAUUCACGUCGCCUGAGCAUCCAACGUUGCAUCCAGUCUUUAGUCCACGCCUGCCAGUGUCGCAAUGCCAACUGUUCACUGCCAUCCUGUCAGAAGAUGAAAAGGGUCGUCCAGCAUACCAAAGGCUGCAAGCGCAAGACUAACGGAGGGUGCCCAAUUUGCAAGCAGCUCAUUGCUCUUUGCUGCUACCAUGCUAAACACUGCCAGGAGAACAAGUGCCCAGUUCCCUUCUGCCUCAACAUCAAACACAAACUUCGUCAGCAACAGCUUCAGCAUCGCCUGCAACAAGCUCAGAUGCUCCGGAGGAGAAUGGCAAGCAUGCAGAGAACUGGCAUAGUAGGUCAGCAGCAAGGGUUACCCUCACCUACACCAGCCACACCAACUACUCCAACAGGACAGCAGCCACCAACUCCUCAGACCCCACAGCCACAGCCUCCGCCACAGCCUGUCUCACAGCCACAACCUGCUGCACCCAACAACAUAUCUCCAUUUAAUAUUUCGAGGAUUCAGCCUCCCGGUGCUGUGUCCCAGGGCAAGGCAGGUGACCAGGUAACUCCUCCAACAACACCUCAGACUGCCCAGCCACCUAUCCAGGGUCCUCCUGCAGCUGCAGUGGAAAUAGCCAUGCAGAUCCAGCGAGUAGCAGAUCACCAGCGGCAAAUGGCUCAUGUACCCAUUUUCCAGAGGCCAAUUCAACACCAGAUGCCCCAAAUGAAUCCAAUACAGCCAAUGAGUGUGACACCACCUCAGAUGGCCAGAGGUCCUGGUGGCCACAUAGAUCAAGGGAUGGGACCAACAGGAAUUCAGCAGCAGCCAGCAUGGGCCCAGGGAGGUUUGCCCCAACCUCAGCAGCUACAGCCUGGAAUGCAGAGACCACCGAUGAUGUCAAUGGCCCAGCCAGGUCAGCCGAUGAAUAUGUCACCACAGCCAGGAAUGGGUCAGGUACCCGGUGCAGCGCAGUCAAAACAAAGUUCUCUACCCCAGGUAGCCUUACAAAAUCUGCUACGGACUCUCAGGUCUCCCAGCUCUCCCAUGCAGCAGCAGCAGGUGCUUAACAUCCUGCAUUCUAACCCUCAACUGUUAGCUGCAUUCAUCAAGCAGCGGGCUGCCAAGUAUGCUGGGAAUCAGAAUCCACAGGGCAUGCCAGGGCAGCCUGGAAUGCCUCAGGGGCAACCUGGGUUGCAGCAGCAGCAAGCCAUGCCUGGGCAACAAGGGGUGCACCCAAAUCCAGCCAUGCAAAAUAUGAAUCCAAUGCAAGCAGGUGUUCAGAGGCCUAGCAUACCACAGCAGUCACCGCCUCAACAGCCUCCACCCCAGCAGGCCAUGAGCGGGAUGAAUCCUCAGGCACAGCAAAUGAAUAUGAAUCAUUCGGGAAUGUCUCCCCAGUUUCGUGAUCUCCUAAUGAGGCGGCAUCAGAUGAUGGAGCAGCAGCGUCAACAGCAGCAACAGGGAGCAGGGCCAGCUUUGGGACCUGGCAUGGCCAAUCAUAACCAGUUCCAGCAGCCCCAAGGAGUUGGGUACCCCCAACAGCAGCAGCAGCGGAUGCAGCAUCACAUGCAGCAGAUGCAGCAAGGAAAUAUGGGACAAAUGAGCCAGCUUCCCCAGGCAAUGAGUGCAGACACAGGAUCAAGUUUACAGCAAGCUUUCCAGCAGCGUCUACUCCAGCAGCAGAUGGGCUCACCAGCUCAGCCCAAUCCUAUGAGCCCCCAACAGCACAUGCUCCCUAAUCAGGCCCAGUCCCCACACUUACAAGGCCAGCAGAUUCCAUCAUCACUCACCAAUCAAGUGCGCUCUCCACAGCCUGUUCCCUCACCACGUCCACAGUCUCAGCCACCCCACUCCAGCCCUUCACCCAGGAUGCAGCCGCAACCUUCUCCACAUCACGUCUCCCCACAGACCAGCUCCCCGCAUCCAGGACUGGUAGCUGCCCAGGCAAACCCCAUGGAUCAAGGGCACUUUGCCAGCCCGGACCAGAAUGCAAUGCUUUCUCAGCUUGCUAACAAUCCAGGCAUGGCAGGUCUCCAUGGUGCAAGUGCCACAGAACUGGGACUCGGCUCAGAUAAUUCAGACUUGAAUUCAAACCUUUCACAGAGUACACUAGACAUACACUAAGACACAUUGUAGCAUUUUGGGAGCAAAAGAACCUUAUUUUCUCAAGACUUUUUGUACUGAAGACAAUUUUUUUUAAAUCUUUCUUAGCUGAACAUUUUUCCCUGGAAUACAUCUGAACUCUGCAACGGUAGUUUGUGGUUUUAAAAACGUAAAACCAACAACAUGAACCUGAGGGAUGAUAGAAUACAAAGAAAUAUAUUUUUGUUAUGGCUGGGCUCAUAGCCAGUCCUUUUUCUUGUUUUUGUUUUCCAUUUGCGUGCAUUGGGGAGGUGUUUGGGAGGAGAUAGUUAUUUGGCUGCUGACUAAAUGACUUCCUUCUCUAGCCUCUAAUAGUUUUUAUUUUUUUUUAAAUUAAUGAAAAUAUGUAAUAUUGCUAGUUAUAAUUUACUGAAGCUGAUGGUUAACUUUUUCUCUAUUCUGGUUUUCCUCUUGUCUACUGCAAAAAACAAAACAGAACGUUACUUGCAACUGGAGGACAAAAAGGGUGAAUGUUGCUUUAAAAAUACAGUGCAUAUAUAUAAAUAUAUAUUAAAGAUAAAUACCAAUUUUUCCUCUUUGGAUGGAAAGAUGUCAGUUCUUUUAAAAACUGUAAAAAAUAUUAAGUAACCCAGUCUCCCUCCUGAAGUCUACUUUUGUCCUCCAUCAAUUUUCUAUACCAGAGUCUGAACUUAAACUUCAAGUAUUAAAAUUUGUACAUGUAGAGAGAAGACAACUUUUUUGCAAAUACAUGGGGGCAGCUGCCAAAUGGAUGUAGUAUAUAUAUUGUGGUUUGUUUUCUUGAAAGAAUUUUUUUGUUAUUUUUACAUCUAACAAAGGAAAAAAAUAAAGAGGGUAAGAAACUAUUCCAAGGGUAUAAUUUUAACCUGAGAGAAAAAUCCCUGGGGUUUCUUCUUUAUGCUUGCUUUCUCUUUCCCUCCCCUCUUUUUUCCUCCUCUUCCAUUUUCUGUAAAACUUGAAAAUAGAAAGCAAAAAACCCUCAAAUGUUGUAAAUCAUGCAAUUAAAAUUGAUUACUUAUAAAUAUGAACUUUCGAUCACUGUAUAGACUGUUAAUUGAUUUCUUAUUACCUAUUGUUAAAUAAACUGUGUGAGACAGACUGA